AUGGGACUCGGGGCUGCAGUAGACCUGAAACUGUCUCAGUUCGUUUCACUUCACGUGCGAUUGGCCUAUUGUUGGAAACUCGGAGGAUGUUCAGCUCAGAACCUGAGGAUAUACCCGAUGCAGAAGCAGCAAACGGUGGCUGUUGGGAAGUCUGUGGUGCUAACGUGCCAGGCUGAUGCGUCAGACCCCGCCCUAGUGUCACAACCGCACUGGAGGGAUCCUAAAGGGCAGAUUAUUAAUGAGGCUGCGUCUGGCACGCGACCCGAAAUCUACACCGAGCCAAUGCCCGCGAAACAACUUCAGCUAUUAUACAUAUCGUCAAUCACGCCGGCGAUGGCAGGCAAUUACACUUGUGAAGCAACCUUCACCAACAUGCCGCUUAGUGCUAGCGUUGUUCUGGACACUUUUGUGGCAAUUACAUGGACAAAUGCGAAUGAAAAUCAGUAUGCGACGAAAGGAAAAGACUUCAAAGUAAUGUGCGAAGUGACUGCCGAGCCCGCACCUUCAGUGGAUUGGUUUAAGGAAGGCACUCCUAUUUUGACUGGUGAUCGAUACGUCAUUGAUGUCAACGGUCUAUUAAUUAAAAGUAUUGAGGAAAGUGACGACGGAACAUAUACAUGCAGGGCUGUUGUCAUUCAAACUGGAGAACUAGCUGAAAGGAAUAUUAAACUCGAGGUAUACACAGCUCCAGAAAUGGAAGAAAGAGAAACAAGAGUGGUCAUUAAAGAAGGAGAGUCUGCGUCAAUCACCUGCAAAGCAAGAGGAAAGCCACCACCAACGUAUUCUUGGAUUAAAGCUUCAACACGAGAGAAUUUGGGAACUGCCUCUCGGUUCAGCGUGAACGAAAUUAAAGGUCUACUUACAUUUGACCGCGUAGAGGCUGGUGACUACGGCAAAUAUAUUUGCAGUGCUGUCAAUCAGGCGGGUCAUAACGAGACGGAAAUCGAAGUAGAGGUUUUAGUUCCACCAAAAAUAUUUGAACUAUAUAACACAACGGCUGCAGAGAAAACCGAAGGCAGAUUAGAAUGUAAAGCCUCAGGUAGACCUGCACCAAGGAUUAGCUUUAGGAAAUUGAGCAGCUCUGAGCGGCUUCUAAAUGGUCCUAACGAUGAUGGAAGGAUCAUAAUUGAAACCAGUAAUCGCCAAACGGGUGACCAGAUGCAGUCAAGUGCGGUGAUUACUAUUACGUCUUUGAAUAGAACGGACGAUGGCUUAUAUGAAUGUGUCGCUGAAAACGAAGGGGGUGAAGCAAGAAAGAACGGACAUUUAACUGUUCAAUUUAAGCCAACAUUUGAACAUAUGACGAAUGUACCGAUAUGGAGUUGGAAUUCACAACCUGUGAACAUCAGUUGCAUCGCCGAAAGUAUUCCCAACGCAACUAUCAAAUGGAAGUUCCACGAUGUCGAUCUAAUCGAGUCUCCACAAGUGAGAAUAUACGGAUCGGGACCCAUUAGCUACGUCACAGUCACGCCCACCGAUAGAAGCCUUUAUGGCGUUUACAAAUGUAUAGCGACCAACACAUUGGGAGAGGCCGAACAUAUCAAUCAAUUAAGAGAAGCUUUCCCUCCAGGCACUGUUACUCAAGCUAAACAAGAGACUAUCACAGCCACUUCCGUAUCAUUCAGCAUAGUUGGGCCACCCGAAGAGAUGGGCCCUCCGAUCCUAGCAUACACAACUCAAUACAAGGAAAACGGCAACUACGAUUGGAAUUUAGCUAUGAAUAGAACGUGGUCUGCUAACUCCCCUUACAUCGUUGAGAACUUGAGACCUAUGUACUCCUAUGACUUUAGAUUUGCGGCAGUAAAUCGAGUUGGCGUUGGAAGUUGGGGCGCUCCAAUCACUGUUAUUAUGCCUAGGAGGUCUCCUCCAGAACAACCUAAGUGGAGAGAAGCAGUGAGUUCUGAAUCGCUGAUUCAUGGAAAGUUUGCCGAUAGAUACGAAUUGCAAUGGAAAGUUCCUGCUCACAACGGUGAACCGAUCGAUAUGUAUGAAAUAAGCUAUUGUCCAGUCAUGAAAGUUAGCGGUGAAUGGCGCAUAUCAGGAGAAUCGGAUUGUUUGACGGAAGAGUUAAAGUCAUACGAAGCUAUUAACUACGAAGUCCGAGGUCUUCAGCCAGACACUAGAUACAGAAUGCACGUCAGAGCUCACAAUAUACUGGGCUACUCCUUGCCAGCCCAGCUCUACGUACAGACGGCCCUCGGUGUCGAACGCUCAGGAUUUGCACCACCGCAACUGCUUUCAAGCGGAGCCAUAGUUGGAAUAGCGCUGGCCGGUGUCCUGAUCUGCCUUCUCAUAGUGGAUCUCCUUCUCUUCUGCUUCCGAAGGCAAGGUGUCAUUGCAACGAUCUGUGGUAAACGCGUUAAGACACACAAGGAUGACGAAACAAAAUUAGGAAGUCUGUACGGUUGGCGCUUCCCGCUCCCUUAUUGCAGCACGAAGCCGCGAGCCCCGCCCUCCCCCGCGCCGCUGCCGCCUCCGGUCAAGCUCGUGCCGACACCAACGGAUGAAAAGGAGCCGCUGAAGGAGACAGGCGAUGAUGCUAUCAAAAGGAAUUCUUCGGUAGAGUUUGACGGCCGCAGAGUUUACGCUACAAGUGGAGGACCUAUUAUUGGGAAAAACUCGGCGGUUUAA